AUGCAGGGUAUCCUUACAACAGAUUUUGAUGCCAAGCCAGAAGGGUUAUCCACUGUUAGAGAUUCAUACAGAAAACCACAGACACUUGGAGUGCGGCAUGUUGGUUUGCGGCAACAACUUCUUCAGGAAGAGCUCAUUAGACAAGUGAGGUAAAUAAUAAAUUAAUUGUGACUGGGCCAUUUGAGGCUUUGCAGGUGAUCUUCACUAGCAAAUUGUAGGAGUGGCCAAUUUUGCCCAAACAAUUGGGGUGCAUGAAAGAUCAACUUUCAUCGGAUAUUUGAAAUUUCUUUGAUAUUUGAAAAUUUUUGGAGUCUGAGCUUUGUGCUAGGCUAUUACAGUCUUACAUUUUUAAGCGAGCAAAUUCUCAAUCACAUAUUACAUUUUACUCGAAAUCAAAAAUUGAUGUCCCUGGAACAUAACUGAUUUUUUAUUUCCAGUGAGUGAGGGAACAAAAUAAUUAGGAUUAGGGAACUUUGUUUGCAUAAUUAAAGGGGUCUAGAUCAAUUAUUAUUACCAUCAUCUGAAUUGCUUUCACAUCAGGUCAUGUUCAUCCCCCACUGACUGCACAGACUGUUUAAUGAACUUUUGGCGAAAUCCACUGCGGGUGUAACUUGAUUCUACUUGUGUACGCUUUUCUCUCUCUAGUGCUGAAGUGGAUCAAGAAUUCAACCCUCCUCCUCCUACAAUAGAAUAUCUCUCAACAACCAAAAAGGAUUUCUCGAAAGGUAAGUGUGGUUUUUACUGGAAUUUAGGUGUGAGGGGUUUUGUUGAUUACAAUUGCAUCUCUUUAUGUGAGUUUGUUUCGAAUGGGGCCUUUUUAUAGAUUUUAAUUUUUUCAGAAGGUAUGGAGUUAUCUUUUGUCCUUUGUACGUGUUAAACAAGGAUCUUCUCAGUUAGGCUAAUAGGAAAAUACAUCAGACAGAUCAAUUUAUGAUCUUGGAAAGUUUGUUUCAUUGAUUUCACCUUUAAGAUUGGAGUGUAUAAAACACACUCAAGAGAAAUGAAUUACAUAUCAGGACCACAAAUUCUUUAAGAUUUCUACCACAUACCGAAGGUACUCUGUAGUCCAGCAAGAAGACUAAAGAUUUUUUUUCAUAUAUUUAGUGUUGUGUGCAAAGGAGCCAAACUCAUUCCCAGGAUUCUCUUCCACUCACCCUUACUUCAUGGGAUAAUAGUGAGAAAUAAACCUGGGACAUUUAGGAUGGAAAUUUUUUCAGACAAUCUGCACUGAGGCAUUUUUUAGCUAUUACCAGAAAAGGGGGUUGCAAAUGACAAACCAUAUCCUUUAUAGUUGGGAAGGGGGUAAAUAGAGGCAGCACACCUGCCUCUGUGGAUUGGAGGGUCUUAGCUGUGUACAAUACAGUAGUUUUGACUAUUUUCUUCAAGAUCUGUUUUUUUGUACAGUAGAACCUCAAUAUAACAAACCUCUAUAUAAUGAAGUCCUCGGCAUAACAAACAACUAUUUUUCUUUACCCGGAGUAAUAGUAAAAUAUAUGGAAAAAACCUGCGAUAUAAUGAAACCUUGUUAUAGCGAACAAAUUUGCUAGAACAAGGUUGCAAUGGAGCUUUGAACAACAAAGUGAAUGUAAUUGGGUCUGAGCUUAGGAUUUUGAAACUCAUCUUAAUAUUAUUCUAACUUGGCAAAUGUUUUCCAAGACACAAAUUUUAAAAGUUGGAAAGUUAUGAAUGUUUUAUACAUUCACAAAUUAUAAGUGCAGUGUAACCCCACUAAUAUGACCACUGUCGGCCAUAAAAUAAUCCUGGUCACAAUAACAAGGUGAUCAUAUUUAAACAGGGUGUUUGAAAUAACAAAAUGAUAAAUCAGUGUUUUUUUUUGGUUUGGGUCAAAAGAAUAAUGGUCAGAAUAAUCAGGUGUGAGUAACACGGGGUUCCACUGUUCUUCUUUGAAAAAUAUCAGGACAAUGUCCAGUGAGGUAGUGUGAAUGCUUUUCCGCCAUCUGUACUGGUCAUCACUAUUUAUUAAUAUCACACAAGUCAACAGAAGCUUUGAUUUCAAGUCGAGCUAAGUGUGGGACAUAAAUCUGUUUUCUGGUAUUAAAAUUAUGUUUGAUAGCUGUAGACUAUUGAAUUAAAAUAUAUGUAUAUCGAUCUUUUCCAAAUGAAUAAUUUACUUGUACACUGUAAUUGCAGAAUUUACUCCAAUUGUCAAGGCACCAACUAGGGUGAGCAUAACUAAUAUCAUUUGUAUGAAAAUUUAAAGCAGCGAAGGGGUAAGCAGUAGUAAAUGCCCAGCUGGAGAGGGAUAAUCCCAAAAAUCUUUCUGUCCUAAACCACGUUAUGGCAAGUUUAUUAAUUACUUUAUUUGCCACUCUAACUCUAAACUCUUUUGCAAAAUUCGAUGGGUUGCUCUCAUUUGGCCAGACCAACAGAGACCUGUGGAAUAUUGUUGGAUUACAAGAAAUUCUGUUUACAACUGGUUAUUCUUCUUAGAGAAGCCGAACUGAACAUCAAAGAGGACCACCUCUGUAGAUGGACCACUUUUUCCAGAAAAUUUCCACCUUGGCUGAAGCGCUGGAAACGUUUCAAUUAUGUUUCGACCAGAACGUUCAGAAAUUUUGCCAAGUUCCUGGAAAGCACGCAUUGUGUUACUAUUGAAAUGAAAAUGUGUUUAUGUUAAAUCUAAAACGAAAACAUAAUUGGCAUCCAAACGUCCAUGUUUGUGUCAGAAAAUCGGCAUUUAACUGUAUUCCAGGAAAAAAUCUGACACCAUGCGUCAUCUUGGAUUUCAAGGUGUGCUGUAUGGUCCCUUCUGAACAGUAGUGUCCAUAUAGUUUACUUUGAGAGAGACUGGAUGUUUCUAAAGCAUGCUAUAGUAUCUGCUAGCAUCAUUUUCAUUUUGUAGUUAAAAAAGCCUGUUGACUAACUUUUUGAAAUUGGCAACCUUAAUUUAUUUAGCAACCUUAAGUAGCUCCUGGAAAAAAGCUAAUUUCAUGCCUUACUUUACUGUGUUGUUUUACAGGAACAUGAUGUUAAAACUGAACAACCUGCCACCUUUUGGCUUGAGAGAGCUGAAGAAGUGCAUGUACGUUUUGAAUUGCAGUUUUGCCGCUAUUUUUCGGUGAAUCCCAGUACAUGUAUUAUAUGAAAGUCACUUUUAAAUUAUGCCCGGAUGAGAGAAUCAAACAGUCCAUCUCUAAUACCUGUGGAGUUACUGAGUAUCUGUUCGGGCAAGAAACUUUUAAAUGGUGAUAAAAGGAGGUCACUGAAAAUCGGGAAAUCCUUAGGAGUAAUCCCUUAUUUUCACUGGGAAACUGAUACCAGAGUGAAUGAAAAAAGCGUACUCGGUUUGAAAUCGUCUCGCCGGCCGUGUCUCACGCGCGCUUGCGUUAAGUCCCGCACUCUACUAUCCCAGAGAUGAAUAAGACGGUUUUCGUGGUUUUCAGUCUAUUCAUACCUACCUCUCAUCCAGUGAUCAAUAUAUUUCAUUGACAGUAGAAAGGAUUGAUUGGCCAAAAAACUAGUCUCAACUUCCCCCAUCUGCCCUUCUAGAAGUAGUAAAAGUCAGAGCCGAAUGAUGACUAUGGAGGCCCAGGGAGGCCUCUCACUGAAGACGGAACUAGGUACCCCGAGAGGAGUUUGGAAAGUUUAGGUUUUCAGAAAGACCGUUUCUUUGAUUUCGAGUCCAAAUUUCUCAUUAUCUCAGCACUACAAUAUUAGUUGUAAUUUUCGAUUUUCUUUGACGAAAUGCGUUUGCGUGGAACUGAAAGAAAAAUGGCGCCGUCAGUUUGAAAAAUCAGCAGUUAGGUUGACUUCUGCAAAACCAGGAAAUUGUUUGUAUCAGAAGACACUCACCAAAUUACACCAUCUACAACUUGUAAAUUGUGGCGAACUGCAACUGACAACCCUACGAAUUAGCGACGAUGUAAAUAAUUCUUUACAAAACCACUCUUACCCUUCAUUAAAAAUAAACGUCGGUUCAUUAUUAUUAUUUUUUCUUUCAGGGAGUUUCACAAGUUCGUACAAAAGACACGCCAUUCCGUAAAAAUGCUGCUUUCAGUACACCAAUCGAUGAGUACAAGGAUGCGCCCAAACCAGGGGAACAAUGGAAGUUUUAA